AUGGGGAGUCUUGAAGCAGCAUACAAUACAACAGCCCAAGAGGAACAUGAGUACGAUCCAACGGCCACAUCCUACGCAAACGACGCCGUUCAAGAUGUUCCUGCCCCAAUAUCCUUUGAAAUUUCCUACGUCACAAACGACGAUCCGACACCCGCCCCACAGAAUGUCGUCCGCCCUCAAACCCAUCAACUACACUUCCACCCGCUGCCUCCGCCAACCCAGGCGCGGCAGCAGCAGCCGCCUGCUGCACAGACCCAUUUACUGAACCCAAAGGUGCCGGGUCCGGUAGAAUACCCGACCCAACCAGCACUCUGGCCCACAUACCCACCUCAAAGCCCUCAACCUCAACUAAAUCCACCCGCAGUGUACUCGAGCCAUCGCCCACCACAGUACCCAUCCGCGAAUCCGGCGUAUCCGACCCAGCAAGUUCAGUGCCCACCCCAAAGCCCACAAAUGAAUCCGAUGGGGCAAUAUCCGGUCCACGUGCAAACCCCGAUCAUGACAUAUCCGGCCCAGCAGCAUUCUCCAGCCCAGUGUCCUCCUCCUCCUGCUGCUCCUCAGCCGGUGCAAUUUGGGGCGGCGGGGGGAUAUGCACCGGUGGCGGGGCCUCCGCCUCCGAAUCCGCAGGGUGCAGCACAAGGAUAUCCAGUUCAGAAUGAGUACCAAGCACAAGUAGUACCACUGCCCCUUCAGACCGAGGGCUGGAAAACUGGCUUAUUCGACUGCAUGCACGAUCCAACCAAUGCGCUUGUGACGUUUUGCUUCCCGUGCGUGACAUUUGGCCAAGUCGCAGAAAUUGUCGACAAUGGUCACACUUCUUGCGCAACCAGCGGAUUGCUGUAUGGUUUGAUAGCAGCAUUUAUUGGGGUGCCAUGCAUAAUGUCAUGCACGUACCGAACAAAGCUGAGGAGUAAGUAUGGACUGAUGGAGACGCCAGCGCCGGAUUGGGUCACUCACUUUCUGUGCGAGUGUUGCGCUCUGUGUCAAGAAUAUAGAGAGCUUCAACACAGAGGCAUGGACCCUGCCAUAGGAUGGAUGGGAAAUCAACAGCAGGUGGCUAUGAUGCCACCUAUGAACCAAGCGAUGAUGGGUUAA